AUGAAGAAAUAUAGUCUUAAGUUCCUUGAUGUUUAAUCUGAAUUAGAAUAUUAAUCAUAGAGAAAUUAACAUUUUAGAAUGCCUAUAUUUAAGUCUGGCCAUUAUGGGAUGUUAGUUAUCAGCAUAAUAAAACUCAUACUAAAUUGCUAUUAUUCAUUAUAUAGUGAUGUACCUGCAAUAAUAGCUACACAAAUUUAUAUUAUAUUGUCACUUAUAUUAGUAAAAUAUAAAAGAACAUAUAUUCAAAUUGCCUUACUUUUUUUCAAUUACUCCUUGAUGGCAUAUGAAUAAGUCUUGAUGGCGAAUAUUUCUCUUAUAGCUUUACCAUUAUUUAUUAAUAGCUUUACAAUUUGCAAUAUACUUAUAAUUUUAGUUUUAGAUGUUUUUGAAUCAUAUUUUUUAAUUGUUACUACAUUUUCAUAUAAACUUAUCAACACAAUUUUAGCAGAUACUUAACGUUCUUAUAAUAUAUAUGCAGCAACUUGUAUUUUAAUAUUAUUUUUAUGUUAUUGUUCGAGAAGAUUAAAUUUUCAGAGUAGGAACAAUUUUCUAUUGUGCUAAAAAGAUAAUUUAUGGGGUAUAAUUUUUUAUUUAAUUAAAUAGAAAAAAUUUUACCAAAAAUAGUUAAUCAACCAUUUCUAUUAUUUUCAUUUGAUAAUGAAAAAAUUGAAUUUUAGUAUAAGUUAUCAAAAUCCUUGAAUUUUUAAUGUAAUAACACAAAUGAUCUUAAGAAUUUUCUAAGAACAACAAAUCAUCAGUCAUAAAGUUUAGAAGAUUUCUUUUUUAAAGAAAAUCAAAAAGUAUCUCGUAAUGAAUAAGGAUCAAAUACUAUAAUGAUCAGUAACAAAAAAGUAGUGUAUGCAAUUACAUAUUCAAUCUUUUAUUAUUAGUAACCAAUUUUUUUGGUCUAAUUUACUGAAGAUAUUCUAAAUAAUAACUCAAAAAUAAUUUAAUCUAGUCCUAAAUAAUAUAAACAGGCUUAGUUUAAAUUAUAUAAAUUUUUUUUUUAACACCUUCAAAAAUCGAUUUGCCGUAAUGAUUGUUAAAGCUUAGGUUUCUUAAGAAAUAUAUGCUAUAAAUAGAUUUUAAAUUAUAAAUUACUUAGAAAUAAAAAAUUCAAAAUUUCUGAAUAGAAAUUAGAAUCUCUAAUCUAACAUGUAUAAUAACUAUUUUUAUAUAAAAAAAUAACAAUAAUCUAUGAUAUACAAUAACUUUCAAAUAUCAAAACACUUAAAUAUCAUUUUUAUAGAAUCUUAUUUGAAAUAUUUUAAGGAUGUAAUAAAAGAGGUUCAAUUUAUGUUAAAUACAAUGAAGCUUCCCUAUAAUUUUAAUAUGUUGGAAAACAAUUAAAUUAAGAUUGCAAUGACUCAUUAUAAUAAGCAAUAAAAUAUCUCAUAAAACAUUAGGAUAGAAGAGGAAAAAAUGAAAUUCUAUUACAGAUUUAUCAAGAGCCUUUAGUACCCUUUAUAUGA